AUGCAAGAUUUCAAAAGAACUAAACUUGAGACUUCUUAUAAUUCAUAAAGAACAGAGGAUUUCUCAAUCAUCAAUGGGCCAACAGGUACAAUCAAGUAAAGUGAUCAUAAAUUUGAUGAAUAAGCUAGUGAAACAUCAGAAUAUUAAGAAAAUAAAUCAUCUUCCCUUAAAUAACCCUUGCCUAUAAUUCAACAAGACAUAGAAAAGUCAGAGUAUGAAUCUCAAAUAGUAGAAUCCUUGGGAGAUUCAUAUCCAGGAUCUGAAAUUUAAGCCUUAAUUGAAUAAAAAAAGCAAAGAGAUCACAAACCUGUAUUAGUAAUCACUUAAAUCUAGAUCUAUUUGAACAUUAUGGUUGUUGGCUAAUCAGGGUUAGGGAAAUCCACUUUUAUUGAUGUUAUACUUAAAAAAAAGUUUGGAACGGGCUAAAUUUUAAGAGAUUCUACUCUUCAAAUAUAGGAAAUAUCAGGUCAAAUAACUGCUAAUGAUUUAACUUUAAAUAUCAAAUUUAUUGACACUCCUGGGUUUAGACAUCAAUAUAGUCUAAGAUCUUGGCUUAAAUUAUUAUGUGGACACAUUCGGAGUUAAUUUAAUUCUUAUUAGCAAAGAUAAAAUCAAUAGUAUGAGAGCAAAGAGAAAUUUUAGUAAUUAUCAUAAUAAGACUUGGAUGAAAGAGUGCAUGUAUGUUUUUACUUUUUCUCUGGUCCUAGAAUUUAAACUGAGGAUUUAUAGGCUCUAAAGAAAAUAAGUGGAUUAGUGAAUGUUAUUCCCAUUUUAGCCAAGGGAGAUUCUUAUACUAAAAAUGAGAUUAUCUAGCUUAAAUAGCAGUUUAAUGAUUUGAUAAAUGAUUAUCAUAUCGAUUUGUUUAAAUGUUAAUGCAAUAAUAAUUUCAAUGAGAAGAGUCAAUUUGGACCUACUCCUCCUUAUGUAAUUAUAAGUUCGGUGGAACAAUUUCAAGUUGGAAAUCAUCUUAUUUAUGGAAGAAAAUUUCCUUGGGGGAUUUGCGAUAUUUUUAAUCCACAACAUUCAGAUUUGGCAAUCUUACAUAAAUCUCUAAUUGGUCAUUAUUGUUUGGAAUUGAUUCGGUUAACAGAUUUCCUCUAUAAUAAUUAUGUGUAGAAAGAGAAAUAGAAAUUGAAGAUGAAAUAGUAAAAUAAAACUUGGUUGGCUUACUUGAUAAGCUAUAUAUUUAAUCUAUGA